CUUCGUGCAAAACAGACCAGAGGAGGGAAGAAGGUGAGGCGGGGGUGUGUGUGAAGAGAGAGACAUUACACGUUAGCGGAAGAAGAGCACAUUCUUUACUCUGCAACCCCAAGGAAAAUAAGUUUUCUCCUGCGGGCGCGGAAGCCCUCCUCCUCCUCGGCCACCUGGGCUCCGGCGUCGCUUUUCCUCCUCGGGCGAAGGGAAAGCGGAGGCUGCGGCCGAGGCUUGUGCGCGCUCCCGGGGAGGAGCCAGGCAUUUGUGGCCCGAGGGCUGAAGCGCGCUCUCUCCCCGGCUGCCGGUUUGCCUGGGGCUGGACUGCGCUGGAGAAGAGAGCGGAGAGACGACGAUGAAGAGAAGCGGCCGCCGGAGUUUAUUGUUGGCCGGCUGUCCCGAGUAGCCGGUAGCUUCCUGGGACGCGCGGGUGAGACCAGUUCUCUGUCUUCAAAGUAUGAACUGUUAGCAAUUUAAAUGGUGAUUCUUUCAUCUGCCUUAUAUUCCACACCCACACUUUCAAGCCUGACUUCUUCACUGCGUCCAGCUUCCUUAGAAGCAGUAAUGGCAACAGAAUGCAUUAAGAAUUGUUGUAGAGGAUGUUUAUAUGCUAAUAAAGAAAAACAUGAUGCAUCUCUGGAGAAACAGUCUACAGUUACUGACAAGUAUACAUCAAAAGUAGUGGAGAAACCCCCUUUGUCUUCUGUAUCCAUGAAAAGGCAGGUUGGCUGUUCAGAAGAUUAUCUUCUCUCUAAGUUCCCACCCGGUGGCAAAGAAAUACCCUUUGUAGUUCCUCAGUUCAAACUUGCUUACAUCCAGCCUCGGAAUCUUAGUAAUCCACACCUUGGGGGACUUCAAGGUUCGGUCGUAACAUCUUUCAGUGAUCGGAAAGCAGAACUUUCCAAUAUAUACCAUCAAAGACCUCCUGCUGAUGUGGUGUAUAACCCCUUCUAUAUGCAACUGCCACCUCUUUCUCCAGAUUUCAGUCAAGGCUACACAGAAAAAAUGGUGAACAAGAGAUUAUAUGGGUCAGUUUGUGACUUAAGAAGCAGCACGUUGCCCUGCUCUUCUUCUUUAAGUCAUUCUAUGUUUGAUCUUACAAGCCCACCCCACCGAUUUCUUCAGAGGUAUGAUUCUGCCUCCAGUACACCAAGCAGCAUCUCCUCCAGAAAGAAUUCACAAGGUAGUAACAGGAGUUUAGAUACAAUUACAUUAUCAGGUGACGAAAGAGAAUUUGGCAGGCUGAAUGUGAAGGUGUGCUACAUUUUUUCUGUAGAACAGAUAUGGAUCACCGUCUUGAAAUGCAAAGAUUUGAACUGGUCAUCUACUUGUGAAGAACACCCUCAAAUUUCCAUCAAAGGAAUCCUCACCCUACACAAACCAGUGCAGUUCAGAUGUUUAGCAAAAGAAGCUUCCAAUGACAUUGAGUUCAUGGAAACCUUUGUGUUUGCUAUUAAACUGCAACUCCUCCAGACUGCAAGACUUGUGUUCAAAGUACAAUCCCUGAUUCCCAGGAGAAAAACUAUAGGAGAAUGUAUUUUGCCCCUGCGAGACCUCAGUUCACAGGAAGUGGAUUAUUGGCUGAUGAUAACACCUCCUUCCAAAGCUUUAGUGUGUUCUGCAGAAUUGAAAAUAGGCACCUGUUUUCAAGCAGUAAACAGCCGGAUCCAGUUGCAAAUCCUAGAAGCUCAGAACCUUCCAAGUUCAUCCACACCAUUGUCUUCAAAUUUUUUUGUAAAGAUUGUGAUGCUCAGCACUGAAGGAUUGGUUGAUAAGAAAAAAACUCGCCUGCUGAAAUCUACUAAUGGUCAAGUAAAAUGGGGAGAAACCCUGAUGUUCCCUGUGAGCCAGAAUGAACAUGGAAUAAACUUUCUAAUCAAACUCUAUAGUAGGAGCUCAGUGAGAAGAAAACAUUUCCUGGGACAGGUUUGGUUAAGCAGUGACAGCAACAGUGCAGAAGCUGCUGAUCAAUGGAGGGACACAAUUGCUAAUCCAGAGAAGGUUGUGGUUAAAUGGCAUAACAUCAUUCCAGCGUGAUACUGCUUUGAACAGUCCUUUUGGUACUGAUUUGGACUUGACCCCAGAGACUUUUGCACUUAUUUAAAAUGACCAGCCAUCAGAUAACAAAGAGGCAGAAAAGAGAUAUCUAUAUGGAUGCAUACAAUAUCAUCUCUGCACAAGAAAAUCACAGAAGAAGCAAUAGAGUUGAAAAAGGAAGCAUCAGUUGAAAAUCCUAGCAAAGUACAUGAAAAUUCAAAAGCCAUGUUGAAAAAUUAGUGGCUUGUUUAUUAAUUGACUGUUGAUCUAUAAGGCUUACAUGUAAAACAUUUUAAUAUUUAUAUUUUAAAACAUUAAUUUUUAAAUUAAUUUUAAAACUUUGUAUAGAUUUUAGUGAAAAAUACUAUAGACGGACUGUCCUUCAAGAAGAUUUUGCUCCAUGUAUUAGUUGACAACCAUGUCCCAACUAUUGUUUUGCUUCUACAAGUAUUCUGUGGAUACUUUAUUAUUUCUACCAACAAGCUGAACAAGUGAGUAAGGUAGGGAGGGAGGUAGAAAGAAUACUUUACCAUUUAAAUUGAAAUAAACAUUUUAAGGUAAUUUUUAAGAAUAAAUAUUGUGUUGGAUAGUAAAUUUGGACAUGGGCAGGGAAGUAACAAUUCUUUUAUUAAUGAAUUCGAUUUUACAGUUCUUCAGCAUAAAAUUUGCUUUACUGUUUUGAACAGAGAGAGAUUAAUAAGAAGUAUUCCAAUGAUGAAAUUCAGUAGAAUCUGAUCUCAUACUUAGAACUAAGUAUGAGUUAGUGCUAAGUAUGAAUACCCAGUAUUCUGUGUUUUAGGAAAACUGAAUUCACCAGUCCUUGUAAAAUGAAAGAAACAAAAAAAAAUAUACAAUCAUGAUUCUAACCAAUUAUUUUGAAAAAUAAGCACCUUCCCACCCUUCAGUAUUUUAAGAUAACUUAUAAACUGAUAAUGGCUAAUAGAGUUUGUAUGCCAAACAAGUCCAUGGAUAACUAAACUGGCACCACUUAUAUAGUUUUUUAGAGUCCCAGAUGCCCAAAUCUGAACCAUGUGAGACCAAUGGCCAUAAUCAAUCAGGUACCCUGACUAUUUUAAUAGAGAUAAAGCAUUUUUAAGGCACAAGGAUCUGCAUUUACUGCAUACAAUACAGUGUCUUGACAACUGAGAUGUUUGGCAAAAAGUUUGGUAGUUGAAACAGGCACUGUGCAGCCAUUGGGAAAAAGGGAUCAGUAACAUCUGAAAAACCUUCAUGGGGAUUUGAAAUGCAGCAUGAUUUAACAUGAAUGCCUUUGUUGCCUCUUUCAUUAGAUUAUCAGUUCACACUGAGAUUUCAAUAAAUAGGAUUCAAUUUGCCUCAAAGCUGUUGCCAUAUGAGCCUGGAAGGGCACAUUUAACAUCAGCCCUCAUGCUGAUGUAAUCUCAGGAGUAUUUGUCAGAUGAUGCCCAAGAAGGACAUGGAAUCAUUCAGCCAGAGUUUAAUUCUUUAUUUGCUUUCACAUAGCAGACAGAUUCUUGCCAGAGUAAACCCUUACUAGUCCCAGGCUUACAGAUGCACCCUGUGAGAUUCUAAGGAGUGGCUAUCCUUACUUUCUUCCUCUGUCUUCUUUCCAGCACUGAGAUGUGCUGCAUCUGGUCUCCCUUCUCUUUCUGGAAUAUGCUCCCUCCUUCAUGGGAGGCUGCCACUUCAUUGUAGUCCAUUGCACCAACUCCCUCUCUGUGGGAACCAUCUCCCACAAUACCAUUCCUAUUUCUUAUAACAUCAAAAAUACACAGGAUGCAUAUAUGCAAUGAUCAGAAAUGAAAACAAACAUAAUUCCAGCAAAUGAAUAUUUUUAUAGAUCAUUAAACUUCAGAAAUUCUACUCUCUGCAGCCUCUGCUGAAAACAUUAGGAAUUGCUACAGGCAGUGUUACCCUAUUUUAAAAUGGCCUGGUUUCAAAAACGUCAAGGCUGGUAUCUGAAUUCUAUUUCAGUCAGACUUGGCUGGUGGUGGUGAUGCAUGAAACAUUAUGCCUUAAGUGCAUAAUGAACUAUGAAUCAGAAAGUAUAGUUUUAGAGUGUUUAGCUGGAAGAAUCCAGAUUUUUAUGAGGAAGGAGGAGGAAAAAAGGCAUGUGUAGAAAAGGUGGCAUUAACUGCAGAAAAGCAUAGAAAACCAAAGUUCAGGAGAGAUGAAGAAUGAUUUAAGUGAAAAAAUGAUCAAAUUAAAAGCCACACUAAGAAAAUCAAAUGAAAAGAAUAACAGGAACAUAAAACUGGAAAAGACAUAGACCCCAGACAAUGAAAUCUGGAACAAUUCAGAAAACAAAUGUCUCUUUGAAUGCUCAAAGAUUAUAAUUAGGUAGCAAAAACUUUGCUAUGCAAGCAGUCCUUGCUUAACCAGUCACUGAGCAACCUUUUGAAGUUACAUCAGACCCCCCUCCCCCCAAAAAAGAUACUUAUGAUCCAAUUUCACCCCUAUAAUGGUCAUGUGAUCUCAUUUUGAACACUUGGCAACCGGCUUGCAUUUACAGCCAUUUGCAGGUCACGGGAUUGCAAUUUUUGCCAUUUUUGAGUAUUUGUUUCUGGCCAAAAAUAUAUAUUGGAUGAACAGGUUCACUUAAUGACCAUCACAUUCACUUAAUGAUCAGGUUUGCUUAAUUAUUGCUGUAAAAAUCAGGCAUGAUCAUGUGGUGACCCACUUAACCACAAUGGUUUAUGAUUUUACUACCUUUUUUGUGGCAGCCGUUAAGCAGACAUGACGGUAAUUCUGGGCUCAAUUAUGGUCAUACGUUGUUGACUACCUGUAUGGAUUAAAUGCUAAUUUAGUUGGAUUGAAAUCUGGGGGAGCAAAUGAAAUAGUGGUAAAGUAUAGCAGCUAGUCUUUCUGAAGAGCAUUGGUCUCUGUAAAUAAAAAGCAAAUAAAAAAUUGUGGCUUGCAAUGCGUUCAAUAUAGUCACUGUAGAGUUGAAAAAAAUUGAUUGUUUAGAGGUUGCAUUAGAAAUUUAAAUCCAAAUUCAAAUAUCCUGCAAUUCUUUGGUUAAGAUUUUUAUUAACAACAUACUUCAUGUGCAUCCAGUUCAUGGUAAAGGUGAUGUUAGUCUGUCACUGUAAAAAUUAUUUCUCUACUGUAUUGCAAAGUAAGUGGUAAAAAGAAUAAGUGUCUUUUUAAAGCAAAAUAAUCACUGAACUUAGAACAAUGAAAUUAUGAGCAAAGCUGCUUUAACAGUCUUGGUACAGUAUUUUAUUUCCUCUCUUUUUUUAAAUAAACAUUGUACAUGUUGUCUAAUAGGAUAAAUGGAGAUCGUAUGAGGGCUUCAUGCAAUAACAACAUUCCUAGGGAGCUCACAUUCAAAUAUCAGAAUAUAUAGAAUUUCUAUUGAAUUUAUAGUACUGUAAUACACAAAUGACCAGAUAUUUUAUUAUAUGUGUGUGUGUGUGUGUGUAUGUUAAUGCAUAUUUUAUGAAUAUAUACAGUAUAAGAGUGUGUGUGUGUGUGUGUUGAUGCCCUCCAGAGUCACCCUGUGUUAGUUGGGCAGCCAUAUAAAUUUGUUUAAUAAAUAAAUGCAAUAAAUAUAAUGAUUGAAGUAUUUGUAUAUAUAGAUUCUAGCCUGACUUUGCCUUCUAUCUGUAGUCUGAUCUGUUUAGCAAAAGUCUCUAGCCAAAGAUAUUUAGCUUGCUUUUCAAAUGAUAAAAAUAUGCCUGAGGAGUUUCACAUGUGCACAUACACGUGCACACACGAAUGAACACACACACACACACACACACACACAGAGAGAGAGAGAGAGAUGAUUUUAUUGAGCAAAACUCAAGCAAAGAGGAAAAAAUAUCUUUCUCGGAGCUUCCUGAUGACGGUGUGAAGCUGAGUACCCAGAAUUUCACAUUAUGCAACAAGCCAGGCCUCAUGCCAGGACUUUGUUUAAGAAGGGUGUGAAAUGAAUUGACCAACAAGCUAGUGAUGCCAAAUGUUAACAAUGACGUCACCGUUAAUCUACCUCAUGAAUAAUCCCGGAUCUUGGCACAGCUGUACAGUACACUUUCAAGUCUUAUUAUUAACCUACAUGCUGUUUUUAUUGAUAAUUAACUACAUUGCUGGGGCAUAUUUUCAGUUAAUUAUUAGAAAACUAACAGAGUAUAUACCUUCUUGUAUGAAUACUUACAGCAAUUCUGUAGGCACCUGCAAUUCUUUUAAAAUAUCCUGCUUUCUACAGCCUAAUUUUGUAGAACUGUUACAUGUGGCUUCAAAGUAGCACCUGGCCUUAGAAAUGGUCUGUCUUUUACAGUAUGCCAAACCAAGAGAACUGAUACAUUUCGGACCUCUUUCUAAACUUCCUUUUAUGUUGGCCUUUCCCUAUUACUUGUUUUUAAUUUCAGUUUUUAAAAUGAUAAAAUGCUUUAAAAUAAAAAAGUUGAUCAAUUCAGUAUUUAGUGUUGCUAAAAUUAGGACCAUUCUGAAAAUUAAAUAGUUGAGAAUUACUCCAGACAUUUUUACAUUCUAACUUGUCAUUUGCUGACUGGUCACUCAUUACUACUUUAUUAUGAAGACUUGUGUUUACACGUGAACUUCCCAGUUACUUUUGCAAGGUGUCACCUGAAUCUUCUCUUCAGAUCCCAGCUUAAUGAUGAGCGAAUAUGAGCAAUUUUAUGUGCAAACAGGCUCACAAAUAUGUGUAAGCAGUCAGUAGGAAGAUCGCCUUUUCUAUUUUUACCCCCGAAAUAAGAAUAAACUUAGGAGUACUAAAACAGGAGGUGGAGUAAAAGUAUAGAAGUAGUAAUAUUAAAGAUAUAGUAUAUUCAUUUCUUUGAUCAUAUUCAUUCUUUUAUGGUAUCCCUGUUCUAUUAUUUCUUCAACUUUCAUUCCCUGGAGCUCCUUGGUUUUCCAAGGAGAUCUGCAAAUUAGUGUAGGCCACCUGAAGAAGCAAUUUCACCCACUGCUCUCCACAGAAAAAUUCCAAAGCAAAAUUAGAGAUGUGCUAAAUCUGCCUUUCUGAUAUCUGUGGAAAUCCUCAAGGACAUUCAAAAGCCCAACAUCUCUCAGGUGCUUGGGGUGGAUCACAAUAAUCCACAGUAAUCCAUGCAGUUUUACUCCUGGAGGUUGAGUGCAUAAAUAAGGCCUGUCUUAUGUGAUCUUAAGCCCAACCAAAAUGUAAUUUCAAGGUAUGGAGACUGAAGUUGUCAACAUUAGAAGUUUGGAAGAUUCCAAUAUCAGGCCAGAUAUGAGUUCCAAAAGCUGAUGCAAGGCUGCUGCCAGCCAGCAACAAUUCACUUGACUUUCAACCCAAAUGGCGCAUGGAAAUAACUUGCACUUGGUCAUUUGUGGGGCAGUGUUUCUAAUUACAAAGGAAGGAAGGAAGGAAGGAAGGAAGGAAGGAAGGAAGGAAGGAAGGAAGGAAGGAAGGAAGGAAGGAAGGAAGGAAGGAAGGAAGGAAGGAAGGAAACAUUGUCAUGUUCCAACUCCAGACAUGGAGUUGUGCUCCAGAUCUAAACUACAAAAUAUGCAGGAAAGCAUAUUUUGAACAGGGUAAUAUGCACAUUCCCAGUAUUUGUUUGUUUGCAGAUCAACCCACCAUUCACACACAUACAUAGAUCUCCAUUGGGUGGUAGCAGCAAUGUGUCCGUGAGGCCAUGACAGUUUUGUAAUAACAACCUUACCUACAGUGCAACAGCCUUGCAACAGUAACUCAGGACCUCAUGACUAUGUGCUAAUCACCUCUUUAUAGAUCUGCCUAUGAAAACUUAUAUAUUUUGUACCUAUAAUUGAUACAAAAUACAACUGUUGACAGAUGCUGAUUGUCUUGAGGAUAUUACUCCUGUGCUCAAGGCUUGCUCUAGUUGCUGACAGGCUUCCUAGGGCCAUUCAGAGGCCUGGCUUUAACUUAUAAAGCCAUCAGUUUGGCAUUGAGGCAUCUUAAGGAGCAUCUUCUUUGACUAGACUUCAUCUAUUUGACAUGGUCGUAAUGGGAAAAGAAUUUGGAAGCUCUACAUUUUCAUGAAUCUAAAGUUAGAAAGCAAUGUUUUUAAGGCACUUAUAUUAUAGAAUACAACUCUGUUUGGAUAUUAUGUUAGUCUCCAUGGUGAUAAAAUUUCAGAAGGGAAUGGAAGCCAAAUUUUUAUGGAGGGCCUUAGUGGAAUAUUAUCUUGUACAUAAUCAUGAGAUUGUCCUCUGUGGAUUUCUACUGUAUUGUUUUCUGUUCUCUAAUUUAAUUUAAUUUAUAUUGUUGGUGUAAGUAUUGCAUGAGGAUAUUUAUGUAAUGUUUACUGAUUGAAAUUAUGAUAGAUGUUUCAGUGUUGUUUUGAUAUUUUUAUUAUAGAUCUUUUAUUAUUUCAUUUUCAUGUUGUACUGUUGGGUAUUUUAUUUGUUCCGUAAACUACCAUGAAUCCAAUUGAAUUUGG